AUGAGUUGCUCAGGCCGAGUCAAAAAGGCCGAUAUUCGAGCCGAUCAGAAAUGGGAUUUCAUCAGUCUCAACGACUUUAAAUCUACAUCCUGCUUCACCCCUUUCGCAUACGGAUACCUCUGGGUCUCGCUCCUCAUCUCGACCGCCGUCUACGCUGUCGAUGUUUUCACUGCCGUCAAUCUCCUCGCAUUCAAUCGUUGGUCCGGAGAGGUCAAACCCAUCAUCCCCUUUAAGAUCUCCAAAUGGCUUUUCUCGGCAUGUAUCAUUGCAUCCUGGGUCAAUUUGGCCUUCGAACACCUCCGCGCAUGGCACGUCAUGAGACGAGGUGCUGUCGCGGAGAGCUACUUGGACCCUUUGGCAGUGAGACUGGAGUGUAUCAAACAGGGAAAGAAAGGAAGAGGAUGGAAAAGGUUCUUGGUCUUUGCUGAGUUGACGAAGAGUAAGAAGGGCGCGGAGUAUGUCGCGUUGUUCACCUACUUCGCUUUUCAGUCCUGGAUUCGAAUCAUCUUUUGCCAAGGCCCACAAAAGGCCAUCAACGCCAUCACGCUUUACUCCGUCUUCAAGGCAAACCUCGAUCCAACAACCGCGACCAAUGUCGGUCAAGGAUUCUUAGAUUUCUUCCAGAAGAUUGAAGUCCUUGCAAGCCAGGACCACCAACAAGCCGUCAUUCUUAGUGGUAUGGUCUUUACUCUCAUCGUUUGGAUUUUUGGCGCCCUUUCCCUCAUUCUCGGGGUGUUGUUUUAUGUUUUCUUCCUCUGGCACUACAUCCCCAAUGCCGACGGUGGGUUGUCCGGCUACUGUGAACGGAAAAUUAAUAGUCGGUUGGCCAAGAUCGUUUCCGCGAAGGUCAACAAGGCUUUGGAAGAGGAAGAGAGGAAACGGAGGAAAGCAGACCAGAAGGCCAUUAAGAACGGCGAUGUUCCCAUUGGAAGACAGGCGACGAUUCCUAUGCUCUUUGAUGCAAAGGAUGAUAAGCUUCCAAAUAUGCCGAUGCUCAGUCGCAAUGAUACCAUGGCGACGUUGCCAUUGUAUUCAUCUAGACCUGGCACCCCAAGCUCUGCAUUGCCUGCUUUCGAAUUGGAUCGGCUGGAUCAGAAACGACCAUUGCCUUCAAGAAACGCCACUGGAAACUCCAAUAGGAGUUACGCUUCGAAUGCUUCGCUCCUCGGCAAUGCCUCUGAUAUGGGUUAUGGCCGUCCUGCCUCUCCAGCCCCAUCCCUCCCUCCCCUCGACACAAGCGGGUUCCCAGCUGCACCCCAACGCACCAUGACAAACAACUCUCAAAACAGCCCGUGGAAUCGUGGCCCUCCUGUCGGCCCACCACGAAUGCCAUCCGCCAUGGGCGACAGAGGCUAUACACAAUCGCCAGUCUCUUACACUGAUAUUGGCAGCCAGAGAAGCCCGUCGGCAAUAAGGCAAGAUCCCAUAGAUCCCUAUAACAGACCCAUGCCUGGUGGAAACCCCAGCAUACCUGGCGCCGCAAGUAUGGGUCGGCGAACACCGUUCGAUCCUUACUCACCCGAUGGUCGCUCAUCUCCUGCUCCUGGGCCUGGCGUGGAGUAUGGUCGUUCCUCCCCAGCUCCGGGACUUUCUGGUCCCCCCGCUCCACAAUUUCCAUCAAACGGCAAUAGUAAUUAUGUGGCUUAUGGCCCGGAACAACGAUCGAUAUCCGCUGCACCAUACAAUCCAAACCAAAGGUCCACUUCCGCCGCACCCUACAACAUGGAUCAGAGAUCCGCUUCCGCUGCACCUUAUAAUUCGAACCAACGAUCCACACCAGCUGCCGUGCCGUCCUAUGCCUCCGGACAAGGUCAACAAUUUCGUAAUAUGACAGAUCCCAGUUUCCGCGCUCUUCCGUCCGCCUCCAACGGCCCGCCACUGAACCCACAAAUGGGCGCAAUGGGGAUGAGUAGUAGCCCCGUGAAUGGGGGAAGGGGAACGCCGAAUGGUUCUAGGGAGAGAGAAGGGCCAGCCAGGUUGGCAAGUCCGGCGCCGUAUGUUAAUAACUUGAAUGGGAGAGGAAGUCCACAGGAAUAUGGCCCUAGCCAGGGGGGCCUUAUGGGUGCGCCGAGAGCUCCUUACCGACAGUAA